GGUCAUUGUAUUGUACCUUAGCAUCAUCAGCUUACCUAAUCAGCAUAAGUCUGCCGCCUCCUUUAGACUAUCCGUGAAUGGGGUGUUACUCUUAUAAUUUCUAAGCUCGUAUACUCAGUUGCUGUGCUUGGCUUCGUUUCCACGAGACAGACUCCUGGAGGACGGUGUGUUUAAUCAGGCUUUCGCAGAUGAAUGGAAAUUUAGCAUCGUAUAUAUCAAGUUGCCUCCAGGGAGCAACAGCCCUCUUGACUGACUGGCUACCCACCAUCACGCCGACCGCCUUAUAGUGCAGCGACAGGUGAAGUCGGUCGAGAAUGGGCAAAGAGCGGGCUGUGGUGAUCGGUAUUAGCGGGUGCUCCUCGAGCGGCAAAACUACCUUGGCCAGGCUUCUUCGAGACAUCUUCCCCAACACCUUCAUCCUCCACGAAGAUGAUUUCUACAAACCCGAGGAUCAACUACCACUGAAAGACGGCCUAGUAGACUGGGACUGUCCAGAAGCCAUCUCCGUGCCGGACAUGGUGAGGGCGCUCUCCCACAUCCGCGCCACGGGCACAUUCCCACCAGACGUACACUCGAAGGAGGACCAGAACAGCGUCGGCCCAUGCCCCGUGUCCGACGCCAAAAUCGCCUCCCUGCGCGCCCGCGUCGAGGCAUGGCUGCAGCCGGGGCAACCAGGGCACGCGAUCCUCGGCGGCGGCGGCGGCGGCGGCGCGCGACGGCUGUGCCUCCUCGACGGGUUCCUCCUCUACAGCGCGUCGGUGGCGCCCGUGACGGACGCCAUCGACGUGCGCCUGUUCCUGCUAGCGAGCCGCGCGGCGGCAACGCGGCGGCGCGCGACGCGCGACGGGUACGUGACGCUCGAGGGCUUCUGGCGGGACCCGCCGGGGUACGUGGACCGCGUGGUGUGGCCCAACUACGAGGCGGCGCACGCGUGGCUGUUUGAGGGCGGCGACGUGCAGGGGGAGCCGAGGCGGGACGUCCUGGCCCGGGAGCGGAUACGCGUGCAGCUGGGUAAGGGGCUGGACGUUGAUAUGGAGACGACGCUGGAAUGGGCUGUUGAUACUAUCAUGGGGGAUUUGGAGGCUUUUGUUGGGAGGAUGUCCUUUGACUAAGCAGCAUUUCAUUCGCAGAUAAGAAAUGUUUUGGCCAAUAGGUACUUGUACAAGAGUUGGAUGUCUCAUAGAUAAUAACACCCGCAUGUAGUGCAACCAUCUGUCC